AUGUCCCAUAUGCCAGAACCACUUUUAACUCGACAAAACUUUCUACCUUCCGCUGAGCGGCUCGGUUCAACUACUGAUAUGCAAUCUUUUGCCCACCAUGUACAAACACUUUAUCAACUCGAAGUACCAAAUGCAAACAUUUACCUCGCACUAUCAACUGACCUACCUGUAUCAAACCUAAUAGACACUUUUCAUGGCGCUGCUAAAAAAAUUGACCUUUGGCUUGAGUACGCAAACAUUGCUAUAUUUGCUUUGGAACUUGACGUCAAAGAAGGAAUGAGUGUGAAAAAUGUUAGCGAAAUGGACGUUUUAAUUCAUAAAUUUGCUCCAAACGUUGACCUUUUUCAGGAGUUGUCACAGACUGUACUUGACAAUCUGAAGCAACCAACUGAUGAGGAAAGACGUAAAGACAUCAAGGAUAUACUUGAUAGAAUUCUUACCGAUUGGGUUGAGGUAAAAGCUUUUUUUGGAAGGGUUAAGAAAGAAAUGUCGGAGUCAAAACAAAGACGUGAACUAUUAGAAACAAUGGAUCAAAUUUUAGCCUCUAUAGAAGAGUUAAACACCAAUAUUUUUGAAUAUCAAGAACAACGUCAUAGCGGUUCAACCGGUAAUGACGGUGAAAUAUUUUCUUUUCCAAGGCUUAGUUCCAGUCCAACCACACGAAGUAGGCCUAUCACACCUGCUACACCUUCAAACUUCAACAACAACUCCCUUAAUGAGAUUAAUUCACGUGCUGACGUUGCAUUAAUGAAGCUUGAUUCUCGUUUAGAACCAUUAUCAGCACGUAUAGAAUAUUUAAGGUCUCGUUUAUCAGCCCCGAAUGCCCCAUCAGAUCCUAAUGGAGUUUUAUCGAGAAAGAAUAACAUUUUAACAAAUAAGUGGGACGCGUUAAAACAGGAAAUGGAAUCUUUAAGAGAGGAAUGUAAGGAAGAUAAAUGGUUAACGGUCUUUAAACAGGUAACCGGAAAAGCUACUCAAAUGAUGGAUAAACUUGAAAGGGCGGUUAAACAAUAUUUUCAAAAACUUUAUAAGAACUUUGAUGCUAAAAGGAAAUAUUACGUUCCGGCCGUGACCAAAAUGCUUACGAUGCUUGCCAACGGAAUUAAUAAUCAGAUGACAAAAGAUUGGGAAGCUAUUAAGAAUUAUAAAGCGAUGAAAGAACAUUGGAAUGUUAUUCUUGAUGGCGUUGCCGAAGUUCAAAGGGAAAUGCCGGAAUUAGAAGCCGUAUUAGACGCAUCUCUUUUUCCAAGUAACUCUCCCCCUUCAUCAAUACCUUCAUCAAUACCUUCAUCAAUCGCUUCAUCGCCUCCAAUGUCUCCUAAUAUGAGACCAUCUAGAGGAAAGUACACACCUGAACCUGGUUCACCUCCAAAAGUUCAAAGAGCUUUAUCACCAUAUCGAAUGGUCAUCUCUCCAACAGACAUGUCUCCAUCAAGGAAUAAUGCGAGAUCCCCUUCUUCACGUUCAAAAUCUCCUUCACCACGGGCUUUGAGUCCGUUAGGAGGUGGGGGUCGUUCUUAUUUAACCCCAAAUGGUCGUAGAUCCGUAAGUCCUCCACCACUGUCUGAUCGUCUUCCUUGGAAUUCACAAUAUAAUCAUUCACCUUAUAAUUCACCUUAUGGGCCUUCAUACAAUAAUCAUGGUAAUCCUUAUUAUCGUGAACUUACAUUAUCUCCUCAACCGGGAAAUGGUCGAUCAAAAUCUUCCACAAGAUCCGAGUCUCCUGUGCAUUCUCCAACAGGCAGACCAAUGACACCUGGUGAUCGUAUGCACCCGUCAGCUAUUCCACGUCCUGUUACUAGCAUGGGAUUAGCUUCUAGGUCGAAUUCACGAGCAGGAAUGAGAUCUUUUCUUCCCCAACCAAGUACCCCUCAACCAGGCAUGACCUCCUCAUUAUCUCGUUUAGGUAUGGUAUCUCCACCUCUGAAACGUCAACAGUUAAGAUCACCAACUCCUUCUUCAGUUACAAGUAGUCUAUCAAGGCCUUUAACUCCUGAAGCCGACGAUCGUUCAAUGACUCCAUUAACUCAAACGUUAUCAAAGAUGUCAAUGGAUCAUUCUCCAUAUAUACCACUCAGAAGCGAUCCUCUUGACGUUGAAGUCGCUAAGGUAGUAAAUGCAUCACCAUUAUCGGUUAAGGUAGAACGUGCUGGAGGUGAUAAGUAUUAUUUUGGAAAUGAAGGAGCAGGCCGUGAUAGGAAGAUUUACCUUUGUCGUUUAAUGAAAUAUGCUUCAAGUAGCAAAGUCAUGGUUCGAGUUGGCGGAGGCUGGCAGGAUUUGGAUAUGUUCUUGCUGGAUCACAGUCUUAUGACACUGAUUACAUCUGGUCGUAUUCAAGCACUAACUUUAAAUAGUAUUAAGGAAGGGAAUAAUGAAGAUGAGUGGGUAAUUAACCUUAACGAAAUUAAUUCUGAUGAAUCAGCUAGUAAUAUUUCAAAGACUAGUCAGGCUUCAGAUUCAGAGACAAACAUUUCAUUAGGAAAUAUAGCACCUAUAAAUGAAAUUUCUACUCCAGUAUUAGAGACAGAAACAGAAUUAAAUCAUUAUCUUGAACUACCAAUUGAUGAAGAAACUGAACCUCUCUUAUGGUGGCAAGCUUAUUCAAAUAAAUUUUUGGUUUUGAGUAAUAUGGCUUGA